GGACUGAAUAGGCGGGGUCCGGGAUGUUGUUACAUCACGACAAUAACAACGACGUUCAGCGCAAACUCUUGUAGUUUUUAAUCUGGCACGCUUUACAUUAUUUGAUCGACGUUAUAUACGUACAAAGCACCGGGAUGACAUCAGUGUUGCAGACGUUAUCGCAGCUGAUGGGCGAGUGGAUGGACGUACGAGGAAUCCUGAUAUUUCUGUGUGUUCUGCUGUUCGUGAGACAUCUGCGUGAUGUUUACUUGAAGAACUUGCCGCCCGGUCCCUUCCCUCUGCCGUUUGUUGGAAACCUGCUGAAUGUAGGCUUUAAAGAUCCACUGGGCUCCUUUCAGAGGAUUGCUGAGCAGUAUGGAGACGUAUGCACGGUUUUCUUCGGAAGCAAACCUUUUAUUAUGCUGACCGGAUACAAGAACUUCAAGGAGGCGUUUGUGGAACGGGCGGACAUCUUCACGGACCGGCCGUCAUUCCCUGUAAGCGAAAGGCUCAGUGAGGGAAAAGGUUUGAUCAUGACUAGCGGGCACAUGUGGCGUCAGCAGAGGCGGUUUGCUCUGUCCACACUGAAGUACUUUGGCGUGGGGAAGAAAACUCUAGAAAACGCCAUCCUUCAAGAGUGCCGCUUUCUCUGUGAUACCAUACGGACUGAACGAGGUUUGCCCUACAACCCUCACCGUGAUUUGGUCAGCGCAGUGUCCAACAUCAUCUGUGGCUUAGUGUUCGGUCACAGGUUUGAGUACGAUGACCAUAACUUCCACUUGAUGCAGAAGUAUAUAGACGACAUUCUCCAGCUUCCAAUCUCUACCUGGGGUCGGUUAUAUGAUCAGUUUCCCACCCUGAUGUCUUUGCUGCCCGGAAAGCAUCAGACUGCAUUUGCCAGCAUGUCUAAACUUAAGCCCUUUAUUCAGGAGGAAAUCCGGAAACACAAAGAGGACAGAGAUCCAUUCGACCCCAGAGAUUACAUUGACUGUUAUCUGGAUGAAAUUGAAAAGUGUAAUGACAGCGAGGCCGAAUUCACGGAGGAGAACCUGAUCUACUGUGCGGUGGAUUUAUUCGGAGCGGGGACGGAAACAACCUCCAACACACUCAACUGGGGUUUACUUUUCAUGGUUAAAUAUCCAGAAGUGCAAGAGAAAGUCCAGUCUGAGAUCGAUCAGGUGAUCGGACAGAUGCGGCAGCCAUUGAUGGAUGACAGGACACACCUUCCGUACACGUACGCUGUUAUCCAUGAAAUCCAGAGGGUUGCAAACAUCAUUACCUUCACUCCUCCAAGAAUGGCCAACAAGGACAUUAGAGUGGCCGGACAUCUCAUUCCUAAGGGUGUGAUAGUGUUUCCCUUGCUAAAGCCAAUCCUAGAGGACAAGAAUGAGUACAGCACGCCACACGAGUUCAACCCCGCACACUUCCUGGAUGAAAAUGGCAAAUUUUUGAAGAAGGAAAACUUCGUACCAUUUUCAAUAGGUAAGAGGAUGUGUCCAGGUGAGCAGCUGGCUCGUAUGGAGCUCUUCCUCUUCUUCACCUCUCUGAUGCAGAAUUUUACCUUCCUGCCUGUUGAGGGUCAAACGCUGAAUGUGAAAAGAACGAUUAGUGUCUCGGCCGCGCCUGAACCCUUCCACAUACGAGCUAUUCCUAGAUGAUGUCCAGUUUUUUAUUAUUCAAGACUGCAGAAUCACAAUGAGUCUUGAUGAACCAGUAGAUGGCGCCAUACGUUUUUUUCACAGACUCAUUAUGAGUCCCAAUUCACCUACUUAUACUAUGCACUAAAAGGACGUACUCUUUUUGUUAAAGGAAAUCUACAUACUUUUUGAGUAUGUAGCAAGAGAGCAUGCAAGUACUGGGAGAAACUAACUCGUAACAGAGGUGAACCUUGUUGGCGUAUCAAAGUACAACUCAUCCUUACAUUUCAGGUUUUCAUCAUUUUUUAUGUCAUUUAUUAGACAUAUUUAAUUUGUAGCAUCACUAAACUCCUCCCUCACGCAAAGGGUUGUGGGUAACAUUAGCCAGUAUUUUUUUUACCCGAAAUAGUAGCUCAUCCAGGUAUUGUUUUGUGUAUUCUUGAAAUUCUCAAAAUGAUAAACGGGUGUAAAACUGCCGCCUAAAUGGUUGAAGUGUCAACCGUAUAUAUUGGUACUGAAAUGUUGACAGUAGUAUCAUAUGUGAAGUAUUAACACAAUAUCAAUAAUGAAACGUUUUAUUAUCAUGACUAUUGUCAAUACUGGUAUAUUGUGACACCCCUAAAUAAGCGUCAGCUUGUUUUUUUACUGGUAUACUGAAUACAAAACAAUUCGUCUGCAUGCGUCUUUUAGUUUUCCUCAUAUCGUUGGGAGACAACACAAAUAUUCAUAUAAUAACUGCUCAUUGUUACCGGUUGGAUAUCUCGGAAUAGUUCAUAUGGAAAUGCUGAGCUGUAUUCAUUCAAAACUGAAGUAUAUUAAAGUUGCAUGGCACAUAAUCUAUGGAGUUUUCAAACUUAUCUCAAGAAAUAAAAAAACUUGCGUACAUUUUGGCUGUGAUAUUAUCAAUAGACAGUGUAUUGCCCUACAUUACAUUAACAUGUUUAUACCGCCAUUGCUGAUCCUCCUUAAUGCAACGCUCUCAAAGCAAGCAAGAUGUGGGUACAAAGGUUUUCCACAAUCCCUUUUGUUAGAAUGCAGUAAAAUACUUAAGUAUCUUGAUGAUCUCUGAACUUUAAUGAUGCAACAUCUUUAUGCGGUUGUAGCCGACUUCAGCAGUUUGAUGCCACUGCUUAAAUAACCUCGAUGAGUAAAAGGAAUUCCUCUGAGGAGUGCUGUCAUUAAAGUAGAAAUACUGUAUUUUAAAGGCUAGUGAAUUCAGAGGACAAAUCAGGACGUCUGAUCUCGGUGCCGAGUGAGUACACUGGAUUUGUUGUGUUUAAUCUUUAAUAGAGGUCCUCAAGUAUUGUGAGCAAUAAAUUAACAAUUAUACCUAGCUGAAUAGAAAAAUUAAAUGUAAUAAACUUAGCAAAUAGAUCUGAGCCAUGGAGAUUUUUUGCUGGUUUAUAAUGACAUCUUAUUUAAAUAUAAGUGACACCAAAAUAUGUGUCGUGUGAAGCUAUUUUUGAUUAUAAAGCAAUAAAAAUCACCGUCAAAGCUAUGAAAUCAGUUGGUGUAUCUGAGAUAACGUAAUUGCUUUAUCUGUAACAUACUAUCA